UGGACCCUACCUGCCUGCACCUGCAGCCUGCACUUGUAUCAGGCCCUAGCAAUGGCGGACCAGGCACCCUUCGACACGGAUAUCAACACCCUGACCCGCUUCGUCAUGGAGGAGGGCAGGAAGGCUCGGGGCACCGGCGAGUUGACCCAGCUGCUGAACUCCCUCUGCACAGCCAUCAAAGCCAUUUCGUCUGCAGUGCGCAAGGCGGGCAUCGCACAGCUAUUUGGCAUUGCUGGCUCAACCAAUGUGACAGGGGAUCAAGUGAAGAAGCUGGAUGUCCUUUCCAAUGACCUGGUUAUCAAUAUGCUGAAGUCGUCCUUUUCUGCCUGUGUUCUUGUGUCUGAAGAAGAUAAACACGCCAUCAUAAUAGAGCCUGAGAAGAGGGGUAAAUAUGUCGUCUGUUUUGAUCCCCUCGAUGGCUCAUCCAACAUUGACUGCCUUGUGUCAAUUGGAACCAUUUUUGGCAUUUACAGAAAGAAAACUACUAAUGAGCCUUCUGAGAAGGAUGCUCUGCAGUCAGGCCGGGACCUGGUGGCAGCUGGCUAUGCACUCUAUGGCAGUGCCACCAUGUUGGUCCUUGCCAUGGAUUGUGGUGUCAACUGUUUCAUGCUGGAUCCGGCCAUUGGAGAAUUCAUUAUGGUGGAUAAGGAUGUGAAGAUCAAGAAGAAAGGUAACAUCUACAGUAUUAAUGAAGGCUAUGCCAAGGACUUUGACCCUGCCAUCGCGGAGUAUGUCCAAAGGAAAAAGUUCCCUCCAGAUAAUUCAGCUCCCUAUGGUGCCCGAUAUGUGGGGUCCAUGGUGGCUGAUGUUCACCGAACUCUGGUGUAUGGAGGGAUCUUUUUAUAUCCUGCCAACAAGAAAAGCCCCAAUGGAAAGCUGAGGCUGCUGUAUGAGUGUAAUCCUAUGGCUUUUGUCAUGGAGAAGGCAGGAGGACUUGCUACCACAGGAAAGGAAUCAAUAUUAGACAUCAUUCCCACUGACAUCCACCAGAAGGCACCAGUCAUCAUGGGGUCUCCUGAAGAUGUACAGGAAUUCCUGGAGAUCUACAAGAAGCAUGCAGCCAAGUGAAGGCUGCCUUUGCCUUUGCCUCAAAGCAGAGCCUUUUAUCUGGACUUGCAACCUCAAGUGG